AUGGAAUCAAAAUCUACAGUACCUGCAACCUCAACAGAGAAAACAAGAGAAUCUACAACUUCAGCGGAGAAAACAAAUGCAGCAUAUACAGCCUUAAGAGAGAGCACAAGCGAAACAACUGAACGGAACCUACAACAUCCACAACAAGAACCAAUGAAAUUACAAAGGACAAGCGAAUCGUAUUCAAUCUCCACAGAGAGGACUAGUAAACCAUGGCCUACAACUACAUCUACUGUCUUGACAGAAAACAUGACUGAAGCCGUUACAGCUGAACCUGCAACCUCAAUAGAAGUGACGAGAUUUACAAAUGAACCUACAACUUUAAAUGAACACACUGAACCUACAACCUCGACAGAGAGGAUAUCUGAAACAUCAGCUGCAACUAACGAAGUCUUGGCAGAGAGUACAACUGAAACCAUUACAGCUGAACCUACAAUCUCACAAGAGGUGACACGUGUAACAAUUACAAAAAAAUCUACAUCAUCUACAGAGAGGGUCAAUGAAUCGAAAGCUACAAUUUCAGCAGAAAGGAUGACUGAAAUAGCUAAAACUGGAUCUACAAACUCAACAGAGAAGGCGACUGAAACAACUACCAGUGAAACUUUAACAUCGAUAGAGAGCAUAACUGAAUCAACUACUACAACUAGAUCUACAGUUUCAACAGAGAAAACCACUGGAAAGGCAGAACCUACAACCUCAGUAGAAAGGAUGACUUCCACAGCAGAAUUAACAGCAACCCCUGAAUCCACAAUCUCGACAGAGGGGACGACCGAAACAGCUAUGGCUGAGCUUACAAUAUCGACAGAGAAGGCGAUAGAAUCAGUAUUAACAACUGAGCCUACGACUUUGUCUACAACUGCAAUAGAAUGUACAACCUUGUCAGAGAUAAUAACUAAAUCUACAGCCACAUCUGCAUCUAUAAACUCGACAGAAAGUAUGACGGAAUCAACAGUACAAACUGAUCAGAGGACAGCUGAAUCAACAUCUACUAUAUCCUUAUUCUCCACAGAUAUGAUUGAAUCAGCAGUUAGAACUGAACCUACAACCUCGACAGAGAGGGGACUACAGGUGAAACAGUUACAAAUGAACCAACAACGACGAGAAGGCAACAGCUACAAUUGA